AUGGCAGCUCAGGCUGGCGGAAACGGCGGAGACGGUGGAGCGGGAGGCUUAGGGGGAGGCGGAGGCGGAGGCGGAGAUGGAAGCGGAGGCGGAAGCUUAGGCGGUCGUCCCGUGGGGGAUGAUUAUGUUCUGGAGAAGCAGAUAGGUUCGGGGUCGUUUUCCGUGGUGUGGAGGGGUAGGAGGCGGUCGACGGGCGACGCGGUGGCGAUUAAGGAAAUUCCGACGGAGAAAUUAAGUGCCAAGCUGCACGAGAGUCUCGAGUCGGAGAUUGCGAUUCUGAAACGCGCAAGGCAUCCCAAUAUCGUUCAUCUAUUGAACAUAGUUAAGACCUCGUCGCGUAUGUUCCUUGUCCUGGAGUACUGCGCGGGUGGUGACCUCUCGCACCACAUCAGGCGGGGCGGGGCGGUGAAAGAGGCGGCAGCCCGGCACUUCAUGAGGCAGCUGGGAGCGGGACUGCAGGUGCUGCGAGCCAACAACCUUAUUCACCGGGAUUUGAAGCCCCAGAACCUCCUGCUAUCUGAGCGCACCUCUGCUGCAGUGCUCAAGAUUGCAGACUUCGGAUUCGCCAGGUCGCUGCAGCCACAGGGCCUGGCGGAGACGCUGUGUGGAUCUCCCCUGUACAUGGCGCCAGAGAUCCUGCAGUGCCAGCGAUACGACGCCAAGGCGGACUUGUGGAGUGUGGGCGCCAUUCUCUUUGAGCUUGUCGUGGGGCGACCACCUUUUGGCGGUCAGAAUCACGUGCAUCUGCUGCAAAACAUCAAGAGAAGCGAGGCACGUGUACCGCGCGACAUUGCUGCAACUCUUUCGGACGACUGUCUUGGUCUCAUCCGCUCUCUGCUCAAGCGGAACCCCGUGGAGCGGCUGUCAUUUGAACAGUUCUUCAAUCAUCCCUUCCUUGGCUUAGCAAGUUCCCCUCAGUCUAUCUGGCAACCACCAGCCUCCUUCACCAACCCAGCUGCUCAGACCGAACCACCGCCACUCCGUACCGAACCUCCGCCACUUCGUACCGAGCCUCCACCGUUCCCUGCCGAACCUCCAUCAUCCUCCGCCGAACCUCCGGCUCCGCCACAGAGUUCCAGGCCUCCCCCAGCUGUUUCUGCCCCUACAACCCCUGCCACCACCCCUUCGGCUCCUGCUGCUUCUCCUGGUGCAGGGGGGGUUGCGCCUGCUCCUCCAACCUCCCCCUCCUUUACUCCCCUACCUCAUACCCCCCUGCCUCCCCCCUCCCUUACUACCCCUGCCCCUGUUCCCCCGUUUCCCCCUCCCCUUAACCCCCCUGCCCUGCCUGCCCCCUGCGCUACCCCUCUGUCCGCCCCGCCUUCGCCCCCAUAUCGCUCCGCUUCCCCACACCUUCCCCCUGGGCCCUCGUUUCCUGCUGAUUCUAACCCUGUUUCAGCUGCCACUGUAAAUAGUGACAUGUCUGGUGCUGUUAGGGGGGAUUCUUAUAAGGAGGAUAGUGAUCCCUGGGGUGUGGUUGCUGUAGGUGGUGGCAGCGGAGGAGGCGGAGGAGGGAGUGGGCGAGGAGGAGGCGGCGGAGGGAGUGGGAGAGGGGAAGGGAGUGAGGGCAGGGCAGGGGGAGAGGGAGAGGGUGAGAUAGGCAGAGGGGAAGAGAGAGGAGGAAGGGAUGGUUUCAUUGCUGCACCUGCAGCAGAAGCAGCAGCAGCAACUGCAGCAGCAGCAAGUUCAGCAGCUGCAGCAGUGGCAGCAGGGGGACCAACACUACCAACAGCAGCAGCAGCAGCGGCAGAAGCAGCAACAGCAGCAGGAGAAGCAUCACCAGCAGAAGCAGCACAGAGUGCGGCACCAAUUUGGGUCCCUGCUUUCCCACCACCUGCCGUUGUCUCUUCUCCUGCCCGACCCGCUCUUUUGCCUGCUCGUGCUGUCACUGCAUAUGAGGUUCGUCCUCUGUCCAGCCAGCAUGCCAAGUUCCAGCAACAACAGGGACAGCAGCAGCAGCGUCAGAAUCACUCAGCCCUUGUGUCGAAACCAGAGAGGGGAGUAGAGGCAGCAGCAGCAGCAGGAGCAGGAGCAGGAGCAGGAGCAGGAGCAGGAGCAGGAGCAGGAGCAGGAGCAGCAGCAGAGGCUGUACUACCCCCAGCAGCAGAGACAACUGUGCAAGCCACACUGGCCGGACCAUCGCUGGCAGCAACGGUACCGCUCUCAGUGGCAGUGGCGCCGUCCCCAGCACCACCGUUGGUGCCUGCACCGCUGCUCCCUGCAGGGGAUGAAAGAGGAGGCACGGACUCGUUCGAGAUGCUUGAAGGGGACUACGUCGUCGUGGACCACCCAUCCGAACCCUCUCUGUCCGCCGACCAAUCAGCCUCUGCCAACCCAUCUCUCAGCCAGUCGAGCCAACAUCAACAAGUGAAGGCAGCAGGCUCUGCCUCGGCAUUCCCUGCUGCUGCAGCAGCUGCACUGUCAGCUGUUGUAGGGGCAGUGGGGGCUGCAGCUGCUGCUGCUGCUGCUACAGCUGGUUCCUCGGCCCACCCGAUUGCUUCAGCCCGGGUUCCCACAGCUGGUGCUACUGCUUAUGCUGUUACAACUCCUGCUGCUGCAGCUGCUACAUCUGGUACAGGUGCUGCUGCUGCUACAGCCGUUGCUACAGCCUCUGGUGCUGUUGCCGGCAGCCCGUUAAUUCCACCCGUAGAAUCCCCACCGUUAUUCCCCCUGCCUCCUAACCACCUCCUCCCUACGUCUGCAGCUCCUGUAAAUAAUCCUGCACGUGUACAGUCACUCUCAGUAGAGUCACACCAUGUACAGUCACAUUCGUUACAGUCACAACCUGUACAGCCACAUUCGUUACAGACACCAUCUGUACAGUCACAAGUGGUAGUAUCAGCAGCACCUGCGCCUCUAGUGCAAGUGAGUGGUUUCUGUCCCAAGGUCUGUACAGGAGGGUACACCAAGGCAGCAGACACACCACCAGUUACUGGAACCACUGCUCCACCGUUUUCCACCCUGCUGUCUUCCACCCCACCGUUUUCAAACACUACCGUUACCACUAACAACUCUUCAGCAGCCGCCGCACCAUCCGCCUCUGCACCAUCCCCCACCACCGCACCAUCUCCCAGUUUACCCCCCCCCACUGCACCAGCACCAUCCCACGCUCGUUCCGGCUUGGCUCUGGCUGUUAGCCUCGGCACGCCCCGCACAGGUUCUCUGGCCAGACCUGCACCUGGUAGCCUCGGCAGCGAUGUGGGUGCAGGUGUGGGUGUGAGUGUGAGUGCUGCAUCAUCAUUGAGUGCAGCAGUUUUGCCUGCUGGAGGGGAGCCGGACAGAGGCGGACUGAUGCAGAAUGAACAGCAGAAAGGACAGACACAGCAGCAGAUGCAGAUUCAACAGCAGGAGCAGCAGGUGUUUCAGCAGCAUCCUCAGGAGCGGAUUGCCUUCCUCAGACAAAGCGGGCGUUACAUUGCAGAAAUUGCUGCUAGCAAGCUGGAAGCAGCAGCACCGCUCGCCUCGCUCUCCCUCCACCUCGUUGCACUCGCGGUGGGGUGGGGAAAGAG